UUUGCUCGAGAGAGCCGAUGCUAGAAGACAUCUUUGCGGUGUGAUUUUUCGAGCGUGACUGGAAGGGAGCGGAGCGGCGAUGGAUGAGGGCACGAAGAGACAAAUAAAAAUCUGAUCUUCGCUGGGUUUAGCUAGCACGCUAACGUUAGCUAGCCCUCAGCUCGUCGUCGGUGUCUGUCCCCCUCCCCGUACUCUGACCGAUGUGGUGUUUUCCCUCAUGAAUACACGCUCAUUCACGCCUUCUUAUAUUAAUGUCGAGACAUGCCGGGGUCAGCGAGGACAUUUCUCUCAAAGGAUACAGCACCGUGGAUGUCCAACACCAUUCAGACGAUAACGCUAGUUAGCUGCGAGCAUCAGUAAACUUCAUUUUCCCCGUUAAUUUUUGUUUUCUCGCUCAUCCGCGAAGAACAAGAUGUUGGCGGAGGAAGUCUGACGGUGGACCUGAACUGGAUACCCACUCCAUGAAGGUCAUGAUACCGAGAGAAUGAUCAUGCUGGAAAAACAGAGCUCGACGCAGGAGAUCGGCGAGGAGGCCGAGGAGGAUGCCAUCUUCACCAUCACACUGAGGAAGAUGCAGCUUCACCAGUCGGCAAGUAAGGGGCAGCGAUGGCUGGGCGUGGAGACGGACUCAGCCCUGAGCCUCUACGAGACCUGCAAGGUGCGGACCAUCAAAGCCGGCACGCUGGAGAGGCUGGUGGAGUACAUGGUGUCUGCGUUUAGGGGCAAAGACUCCACCUAUGUCACCAUCUUCCUCUGCACCUACCGCUCCUUCGCCACCACCAAGCAGGUGCUGGAUCUCCUGCUCAACAGAUAUGCCAAGCUCCAAAAUGUGCCUGCAGCCACAGCGCACAGAGUCUCUCAGGACGACUGCACAGAGCUGAGAAACACUGUUUCAUCCAUUCUGGGCGCGUGGCUGGACCAGUACUCCGAGGACUUCUGGAGCCCUCCGAGCUACGACUGUCUGCACCAGCUCCUGUCUUACCUUCACCUCCACUUCCUCGGCUCGGACCUGGAGCGCCGCGCACGCAACCUGCUGGCCCACUUCCACCGCCGACAGCAGUGUGAGCCUGACCCUGAUGGGGAACACAUCGGCUGCCCUUUUGCUACGCAGGAAGAGAGCGGCUUCGAGGACGAGCUUCCUGCUUUCAGUUUCCUGUCUUUUGACCCCAUCAUGGUGGCAGAGCAGUUCACGCUCAUGGACGCGGAUCUCUUUAAGAAGGUGGUGCCCUAUCACUGCCUGGGAGGGAUUUGGUCUCAGCGGGAUAAGAAAGGGAAGGAGCACCUGGCCCCCACCAUCAGAGCCACUGUGGCCCAGUUCAACUCUGUCACCAACUGCGUGAUCACCACCUGUCUGAGCAACCCCACGCUGAAGCCCAGCCAGAGAGCCAGGCUGCUGGAGAGGUGGAUCGACGUGGCUCGGGAGUGUCGAAUCCUAAAGAACUUCUCCUCGCUGCGAGCCAUCCUCUCCGCCCUGCAGUGCAACGCCAUCCACCGCCUGAAGAGGACCUGGGAGGAAGUGUCUCGGGAGAGUUUCCGCACCUUUCGAGAACUUUCUGAAAUCUUCUCCGACGACAACAACUACUCCCUCAGCCGAGAGCUGCUGGUGAAGGAGGGAACGUCCAAGUUUGCAACUUUGGAAAUUAACCCCAAACGAGCUCAGAGGAGACACCAGCAGCAGAGGGACCUGGGAGUGAUGCAGGGCACGAUUCCUUACCUGGGGACCUUCCUGACAGACCUGGUGAUGAUGGACACUGCCAUGAAGGACUACACUGAGGGUGGUCUGAUCAACUUUGAGAAGAGAAGAAAGGAGUUUGAGGUAAUCGCCCAGAUUAAACUGCUUCAGCUGGCCUCCAACAACUACAGUUUCACUCAGGACAGCCACUUCCGAGAGUGGUUUGCAGGCGUGGAGAAGCUCAGCGAGGCAGAGAGCUACAAUCUGUCCUGUGAAAUCGAGCCUCUCUCGGAGUCGGCCAGCAACACACUUCGAGCCAAGAAGAACGGAGGAAUCAUGAAACGCUGGAGCGACCGACAGUUGACGGAGGCCAGCUCCAGCGGCGCCACAGGCUCUCACUCUAAGUCCUUUGACCACUCUCACUACAGACCGUACCAAGGAGGUGGGGGGGACAGUGGCGACGCUCUCAGCGUCACCUCGGUCAGCUCCAGUGGCUCAGACCUGGAGGACGUGAAUGCCAGCUUCCUGUCCGAUUCUCCAGAGGGACAUGAGAGAAAAACGUCGACUCCUUCAGUGAAACUUACCGUCUCUGCUCUGGGAAGAGAAGCUCCACCAGCAGAUACAACCUCAACGUUCUGGGAGUGUACGUCUCUGUCAUCUCUGGACACCUCCGGGAUGGGCUCCAGCUCGGCCUCCGGCUCCAGCAGCGCGUCCUCCUCCUCCGUCUCCUCCUCCACCCCACUGUCCGCCUCCCGCUCACACAAACGCUCGGUGUCUGUGGUGUCAAACUACUCGACUCUGUCGCUGCCGCUCUACAACCAGCAGGUGGACGACUGCUGCAUCAUCAGGGUCAGCCUGGACGUGGAGAACGGCAACAUGUACAAGAGCAUCCUGGUGACGAGUCAAGACAAGACUCCGGUGGUCAUCAGGAAGGCCAUGAUCAAACACAACCUGGAGCGAGAGAAGACCGAGGACUACGAGCUGAUGCAGAAAAUCUCUGAGGACAAAGAGCUGCGGAUCCCAGACAACGCCAAUGUCUUCUACGCCAUGAACUCUACUGCCAACUACGACUUUGUGCUGAAGAAGCGCGGCUUGGCUCGGCCGGUGCGGGCCAAGAACGUGGCCAGUUCGACACUGCCUCGCAUGAAACAGAAAGGACUGAAAAUCGCUAAAGGGAUCUUCUGAGGAGAAACGCACCACUUCCUGUUGCCCCCUCACCCCCUUAACCCUCUCUGGUCUCCACACCUCAGAAGAAACAUUUCAGUUCAGGUCUACUGGAGGCCAACUAACCUGAAUGAUCUGAGCUUUGGUUUGGACAGCGUCGGAGAUGUCUGGAGAGGAACAACCAAGCAGCCUUUCUGAGGAGAGCCUUAGCACUUAGCCACAUCUUCACAUCAUCAGGACCCUGUGUGGACUUUAAAGGCUGAGUGAGUCACAGGAAACACCCACACAGAAGCUGUGAGUUCAUGAAAACAGAGGGAGCCGUUGGUGUCGGACACUGCUACUUGGAGGCUCCUCCAGUGUAACAUGACUGGUGGUGCUGGCUGGUGGAAAAGCAGAUCCAGUUUAUUUCCUGGCCCAUUACUUUUUGUUUACAAGUGUUUACAUGUUGACAUCACUCAGUCAGCUCUUAAAGAUUCAAGCCUCUUGCUCACAAGAGGAUUCACGUACCUUCGAUGAAACACUUUUUUAACCCCUGGGCAGCCUUGGUCUCUGUACCUUCCGCUUCAGUUCUCAUGCACGCCCCCGGCUGGCGUGGAGUGUACAUAGAACAGUACAGUGCCUCGGCCAGUAAAUGCAGACGUGUGAACCGACUGGGUGUUCAAAAGUGUUUCUACUUUUCAGGGAACUUUUGUCGUGAGUGCUCCACCACCUUUACCGUGUUGCCCCAGGGUU